CUCCCACUUCGUAUGUUUCAUCUCUGAGAAAAAGAAAGAAUAUGCAGAGAACUUCUAGAGAGAGAAAGAAAGAGGAGAGAGAAAAAAGGGAUACAGAGAGAGAUUGAAACCUUGGGUUUCAUUCUUUGAAACAUAGUCACCAAGUAGAUUUAGUUAGAGCAAAUAGUUAAGAAUAAUUAACUUGUGUUUUGUUGUUUAUUUUUCAGUAUUUUGGGUUUACUUUGUUGUGUUUGAAUUAGGGUUUAUAAGGGUUUUGUUUUAGAAUUGAAGUUUCUGACUGUGUUUAGGGAUGAUUAAGGAAUUUUGUGAAUAAUUGUUGUUGUUUUUUUUAAUUAAAGAUUUUGAACCUUGUGUUAUAUGAGUGAAGUUGGUGGUGAUUUCUAGGGUUUGUGUGUGUGUGUGGUUUCAAUGGGGAGUAUGGGUGAGACUGAUAGAAAACGGCGUCACUUUAAUUCCUUGUCACAUACACCUGCAACUGCCAAGAAGCUACCCUUCUUGCCAAUUUCUGAAGACAAAAAGCUUGAUAUUGCUGUACUUCAUUAUCAAAAUCAAAAGCUUACACAGAAAUUAGAGACUCAGAAGUUAGAAUAUGCAUCUCUUGAGAAUAAAUUUUCUCAACUGAAGGAGAGGCAACAGUCAUAUGGUUCUACUUUAGCAGUAGUCAAGAAGUCUUGGGAGCAGCUGGUUAAUGAUUUAGAGUCGUGUUCUGAACGCACAAGAGAGUCUAGGUGCAAAGCAGAUUCCAGAUUUGCAUCAAGUACAGAAGAUGGCAGCUCAUCUACUGUUCAAGAUGUUUUUCUUAGCCGACUUUUGCAAACUGGUGCAACUGACACUUCCUCCACAUAUCACUAUGCAAACGAGAUGGAACAGCACAGAGAAAUUACUGCUGAAAAAGCUAAAAGCAUUUUGAAUAAUAUAGUGACAUCUAUUAAUAACUUUCAGUGUCUGAAAGAUGGAUUUCGUACUGCAUUACUGAAAAAGCUUCAAGGAGAUGUUUCAUGUGGGCAGAAGUUGUCCAAUGAUCUGGAUUUGGAAAGUAAAAACUUGAGAUUGGCAUUAAGUGAACUUCACUUAAAGCACAAGUCUUUAGCAAGUGAUUUCCGAAUUCAGAGGGAUCUGGAUGCCAAAAAUAAAGCCGAGCUUAAACGGUUAAAAGGGGAACUGGAAAGCAUGGUUGAAGAGUUAGAAGAAAGCAAUCACAAACUUGCAACACUUAAGGUAGAGAAAGAUGCAGCCAAAGGGGUAGUUCUCCCAGUAUUAACAGUUGGCAAUACACACAUUCCUAACGAUAAGAUCAGAGACAAACAAAAGGAUUUACAAGAUAUGGAAUCUACUUUGAAGGAGCUAUUGGACCAAGCUUCAACACGAUUAGUGGAACUGAAAAGUCUUCAUGAAGAAAGAAUAAGGGUAUUACAGCAAUUGUGUGAUCUACAGAACACAUUGAAGAAUUUGAAGUGGAUUACUUCUUCCCAUGCAUUCCAAUUGGUUAGAGAUCAGAUAGACAAAUCAAAAUCGGAAGUGCGGGAGUAUCAGGCCUUAUAUGAGAAACUACAGGUUGAGAAGGAUAAUCUUGCAUGGAGGGAGAGGGAGUGGUACAUUAAAAAUGAUUUAGCUGAUCUUUUUCAAAGAUCUAUGGUAGUUUCUGAUCUUAGGGUGGCUGAUAUACGCACUGAGAUGCAGAAAACAAUAGAGCAAAGAAAUGUGAUUGAAAAUAAGCUGAAAGAGGAAGCAAAAGAACCAGGAAUGAAAGAAAUUAUUGCUGAAUUUAAAUCUCUGCUUUCUUCAUUUCCUGAGGAAAUGGGAUCUAUGCAAAAUCAACUAAGUAAGCAUAAAGAAUCAGCUUCAGAUAUCCAUUCUCUGCGUGCAGAUGUGCAGUCUAUUUCCAGUAUCCUUGAUCGGAAGGUUAAAGAAUGUGAUGUAUUAUCCGUUAGGUCUGCCGGUCAACUUGCUGAGAUAAACAGUCUGCUUGCUGUGGUUCAAGACUUGCGAGUGACCGAGGAUGAGAUGAAGUUGAUACUGCGAAUGUAUAGACAUGAGACCAUUGAUUCAAGGGAUGUCAUGGAAGCAAGGGAAGCAGAAUACAGAGCAUGGGCACAUGUUCAAAGUUUGAAAUCAUCUCUUGAUGAGCACAACUUAGAAGUUCGAGUUAAGAUGGCAAAUGAAGCCGAAGCCAGAUCGCAGCAAAAGCUUGCUGCGGCUGAAGCUGAGAUAGCAGACAUGAGACAAAAAUUAGAUGAUUCUAAAAGCUUUUUCAGGGAGAUGUGUAAACUGUCUGAUGUCUUGAGAUCGAAAAAUGAAGAAAAUGAAGCCUACUUAUCUGAAAUAGAGACUAUUGGACAAGCAUAUGAUGACAUGCAAACCCAAAAUCAACAUCUGUUGCAUCAGAUUACUGAGAGAGAUGAUUACAAUAUUAAGCUUGUUUUAGAAGGUGUAAGGGCUAGACAAAAACAGGAUUCUUUGCUCAUGGAGAACAGAUUAUUGGACCAAGAGAUCCAGCAAUCAAACGUAUCUCUGAAAAUAUAUGAUACAAAAGCUGCAAGAAUUGAAGACCAGCUGAGGUUUUGCUCAGAUCAGAUUCAAAAACUUGCAGACAAUAAGUUUCAAAGUUCUGUCUUUUUGGAAAAUUCAGAAAAAAAACUGUCGGAUAUUAGACCAUCAUCGCAACAGGUUAGGGAUACAGCGGUAGAAUUGCAAUCUAAAAUUAGUAGUAGCCGGGUGACUCGUAUGGAGUUACAAGUAGAACUUGAGAAAGAAAGAUUUGCUAAAAAGAGAGUAGAGGAAGAUCUCGAAGUUGCUAGGAGAAACUUGUCACAUCUUAAAGCACAAAAUGAGGGUACCUCAGUAACUGAUAAGCUUCAAGAGGAACUGGGAGAGUACAGGAAAAUCGUCAAGUGCAGUAUUUGCCGAGACAGGACAAAAGAGGUGGUAAUUACAAAAUGCUACCACUUGUUCUGCAACCCAUGUAUCCAGAAAAUUGCUGGGAGUCGGCAGCGCAAAUGUCCACAAUGUGGUGCAAGCUUCGGGGCUAAUGAUAUUAAGCCAGUUUAUUUGUAACAAGGUUCCAUCAUGCUUUUUGAGAAGACCUCCGUGUUCAUUUAGAGGUGAUCUGAUUCUGGUGUAUGGUUCAGUUGUAUGCUUUUGCCAACUGUUGAGAUCAGGAACAUUUGCAGCGAUCAAUGAGUGCCUGUCUCGUUACAUUUUGGACCAAAGAUGAUUAUUUUGCUGGUACUUGAAGUUUCAGUACCACUUGUAUACUCUUUCUUGAAUGUGGGAUGUUUUGUUUUACUUACAGUGGAAAGAAUUUGAAGCCACAGGAAACGUUAUAUUCGUUCUUUACAGAUUGAUCAUAAUUCACCUUCCAAUAAGAUUUGCAAAGGCCAUGAAGGUUGUUGUUCUAUAACCGUACAAUUUAUUUCAAACUGUUCUAGGCCCGAACUGGCCUAUGUGCCUUGGAAGUUGACAUUCCUAAAAGUGCAAUCACAUUGUCUUACUCUUACAUCAAUAGUUCUUUUUCCUGCUGCUAUGGCAGAAAUUCAAAUUUUGGCUUCAGAGGCUUGUGUUGUACUUGUAAAUAUCGUAGAUUCAUAAGCUGUCGUUCAAUUUUGGUUUAUCGCGGCCUGUAAUCUGUGUAAUCGUAUAGAUGAUAUAUGCGAUAUAUCAUUGUAAUUGUUGUGUUGUAAUGAUAUGAAUGCCCGAUUUAUCUUUCAUUUGUUCUAAAAUAUAUCUUCCCGGUUGAAUU